AUGUGUGACUUCAAAGACAAGCUGGUUUUGGUGACUGGCGCAGCGCGGGGCCUAGGGCGCGGUAUGGCAUUCGAGUACGGUAGAAAUGGAGCUCGCGUGAUAAUCACAGAUAUAAUUACGGAUCAACUUGAGGAAACAGCAGCAGAUUUGAGGAAAGAGGGCAUCCUUGUCUACUCCUUCCAAUGCGACCUAGCUAGUGAUAUUGCUGUUGAUGCUUUUGGCAACAAGGUCAAGCAGGAGAUAGGAGUGCCCGAUAUCCUUCACAACAAUGCCAUGUAUGCUCCUCAUGGAACAAUAAGGAAUUUUGAUAUAGAUGGAACUAGGAAGGCGUUUGAAAUAAACGUUCUUGGUUACAUGCGUAUCGUGAAGGCAUUCGUGGGCGAGAUGAUUGUGCGCCGUAGCGGCUGGAUUGUGAACACAGCGUCACCUAACGGAAUCACGCCCCCGGCCGAAUUUUCUGUUAACGGAAUACCCUACAAUUUGACCAAAGCGGCAGAAAUCUCGUUUAGUCAAAGCCUGAUUGCGACACUGAAAGAAUACAACAUCGGGGUCAGUGUACUUUAUCCAGGUGCUGUGUGGACGGCUGCCGCAGAGAAGCCCCACGGAAGGUCCAGCAAGGGGUUUGAAGAGGCUCUACGCCAGUUUUUCUUGGAGAGGGCCAUCAAUGCUGAAGACGCCGCACGGGAGCUGCUCACUGGAGUGAAGCAGGGAAAGUUUCUUGUGAGCAAUUUCAAAAACUUUGAAAAGGUAUUGUUGGAGUUUGCGCAGAAUGGCAUGGAUCCGACUGCUAAAUACUCUUGGGAUUAA